AUGUUCCUGAAGAUAAACCGUUCGUUAGAUAUUGGACACCAAGAAUUCAUAUCAGCGUGUGCGAAAGCUAACAUAGGCACCUCUAAAGCAUUUGAACUAUACGCAGAAUUAACAGGUGGAUUUUAUAAAGUGGGUGCGACUUCUGUGGAUUUUAGAAAUUGCAAGAGAGACGUCAAUGCAUAUCUACAUGAAGCUGACGCACAGGCAGUGAUAGACAAGUACAGGAAAAAGCAGUUACUAUUUCCAACUUAUACCUUUGAAUACGAUACAGAUUAUGAACAGCAACUACGAGCGCUAUUUUGGGCAGACCCAAUAGCAAAGGAGAACUACCAAAGAUUUGGAGAUAUGGUAUCUUUCGAUGCUACAUACAGCACGAACAGGUACAAUAUGGUAUUCGUGCCAUUUACAGGGAUUGAAAACAACAAGAAGUGCGUGACAUUUGCAGCUGGACUCAUCUCAAAGGAAGACAAACCAUCAUAUGCGUGGCUGUUGAAUACAUUCAAGCAUUGUAUGGGGCGCAUACAUGCAUGCAUGAUAACAGACCAAGACCCAGCAAUGAAGGAAGUAAUACCCCAAGUUUUCCCGGAUACACGUCACCGUUUCUGUAUGUGGCACAUCAUGUCGAAAGUAAGUGAAAAGGUGGGAGUGAAACAAGCCAAGGAUGAAAUAUUCCGGAGAAAAUUGAAUGCAGCGGUGUGGGAUGAAACUUUGGGUCGUGAAGAGUUUGAGGUCAAGUGGCAUGAAAUAAUGACAGAAUACGAGCUACAAAAAGACAAAUGGUUGACCCAACUGUUUGAUGUGAGAUCGAAUUGGAUAAAGGCGUACUUCAAUGAUGUUUUUAUGGGUGGGCUAAUGCGAACAACCUCACGAUCCGAGGCAGAGAACAGCGUAUUUGGGGCAUGUAUCAAUGAGCACGGAACACUGCUAGAGUUUUUCACACAAUUUGAAAGUGCGAUUGAAUUGCAGCGUCACAAGCAAGCAAGAUUAGAUGCAGAGUGUGAAGCGUCACUCCCACCCACAAAGACACCAUUACUUAUUGAGAAGCACGCAACCUCUGUGUACACAAUUAACAUGUUUUAUGAUGUGCAGGCGGAGAUAUUCGAAGGUUGCUUUUCAUGCAAAAUCACAAACAAGGAACAAACAGAUGAGAAGUAUGUGUAUACGGUCAAGGAAGGGCACACGAAGACUUUCAAUGUGAAAUACGUAAGAGAACGUAUGGAAGUAGAGUGUUCAUGUGGCAAGUUCAACAGGGUUGGGAUUUUGUGUAGGCACGCGUUUGUAGUGCUAAAGGACAAUGACGCAGAGCUGAUUCCAACAAAGUACGUACUUCGCAGGUGGAAAAAAAAUGCAUGUGUACAGGAAACAAGCAGUACAGGCAAAGGAGGAAGUGCCAGAUGCAGUACAGAAGAAGAAAAUAGCAACCUAGCAUCAAAACUGUGUAAAGGGUUCUACAACUACUUGGCGCUAUCGAAGGAGAACACAGUAGAGAUGCAAGAAAUGCUGACCUUUAUGAUGGAACACAAAGAAAAAAUGGUGACUAGCAAUGGAAAUGCACAAGACAAUAGCAAGAAUAGUGAGCUACUGAAAACAUUUUAUGGGGCACAGACAAGCAGUAUCAUAACAGUCAAGCCACCACAACUGUCAAAAAAUAAAGGAAGCGGAAAGCGAUUGAAGAGUGCACGUGAAAAAGCAGUGGAAAAAAAAAAAAGCAAGACGGGCGAAAAUGCCAUUAUUGUGGUAAAAACCCAGCACGUCACGACUUUCGUAACUGCCUGUUGA